GUCGUUGCUAACCGCAGUUUAAUCUACACUUCCAUUCGGAUUGCGUUCAAGCGCGAGUUUUUCACGACCGACGGUUGAGUAGUGCGGUUUAAAUUCAGUGCGCAAAUAAGGGCUAACUAGCGCAUCAUGCUGCAUUCCAAACCUCGUGUACUUUUUGAAUAAAUCGCGCCAGGAGGUCUCGUUUCAUCUUUUUUUACGAUCCGUUAUUCAGUAUUAACAAUUAAAAUUACACAUUAGGUGAUGCAUCUACCAGUUUCAGUGCAAACUUGCAACGUUUCUGAAGAAGCGUGGCCGAAGUCCAGUAUGGGAGAACCUCCAUCAGUUUACCAGAACCCCGAUCUGUACUGGUUCGAGCACAAAAUUCACGAGAUCCAGGCAGAACAUUCCGGUGAGCUGGUGAGAACCGGUAGUCCGUAUAUUUUGUGCACGCAGUUGCCGAACCAUUGGCGGUCGAACAAGACUUUGCCGAUGGCAUUCAAAGUGGUGGCUGUGGGGGAUAUCGGGGAUGGAACUAUCGUUACGGUUCGGGCAGGAAAUGAUGAGAACUGUUGUGCUGAACUCAGGAACUGUACAGCGGUUAUGAAGAAUCAAGUCGCUAAAUUUAACGAUUUGAGAUUUGUUGGUCGCAGUGGAAGGGGGAAAUCGUUUUCCAUUACGAUUACAAUCUCAACAAGUCCACCCCAAGUGGCAACUUACAACAAAGCCAUAAAAGUUACCGUAGACGGACCCAGAGAACCUCGCUCAAAAACAAGUAUACAACAUCAGUCUUAUAGAACAGUAGGUUUAGGACAGAGACAAUUUUUGGAAACCACAUCGUUUUCACAUUUAAGGGAUCUGGAAAUGUACAAAAAUAAAAGUGUUCGCCUCGCACAGACUGCAGAUGGGUCGCUGAAUUCUUAUAAACAGGAAUCCUCAGAUGACAAUCCAAGUAGUACGACACAUUGUCCUUCGAGUUCUUGGCCUGAAUAUACAAAUUCGUACGCCCCUUAUAGUCCUCAAACGAAUUAUUAUGAUCCACAUCAAGAUUCGACGCACGCCACACCUAUACACCUACCGACAGUUCUUCCAGACUCAAGCUCGAAUGAGUACAUCACAACAUCACUGACCUCUCCGCCGCCCCUCUUCAACAGUGCCAAACCUGAUUUAGAAAUGAUCAGCAGUAGAUACCCCGACAAUAACUCAUAUUGUCCGAACAACUGGCCAGCAAACUCAACGGCGUACAACAACAACUACUACAACCAUUCCUACAACCAACAGCAGUAUUUAAAUCCCACCACAAUGGUGGUGUAUCCCUCUUUAUAUUCGACUGUGAAUCAAAGCCAAAUACACUUCCACCUACAUGCCCCCAGUGAUAAGCUGGACCCGUACAAAAAUGAACCCUACAUCAAAAGUGAGCAGUAUUUAACUGAUAGUGCAGGUUUGACAAAUCCCCAAAGGGUGGAAGCAGUGCAGAAUAGUGAAGUGGUGCAUUCACAUGUCGAUUCCUUAAGAAUCGAGGACUCUGAAAGAAACGCACAAUCUCAAAAUGAUCCUUCAGUGUGGAGGCCGUACUGAUCAAAUUUAAGUUUAUUUAUUAUUGUAAUAUAUGUUUAACAUUG